UAAAAAAAGAGAGAGAGGGGAGGGGGGUCUGAUAUUUGGGGCUCCCAUGCGGCGUCAUGCAGAGCCGAUCAUUGUCUCUCUCACACUUUCUAACUAGCCAUUUCACAACAUCCACGCAGCGGAUCGAGCCGUACGUAGCAGCAGUUUUACCUUCAGGGCUUUUUUUUCUUUCUUUCUUUUUUUCUCCUACACGACGUCGACCCAUAACUAACAAUUUGAAUUCGGCACGCGGAUGAGGCCAAUUACCGGACUUAAUCUAUCAUUACGUCUCCGUUCCGAUCGGCUGAUAGUCAAAUGAGUUAAGCGAUGGCUGAACAGAUCCGAGUCUGCCACCGGGUGCCAGAAGUGGUUGUUUAAAUUUAAAGAAAACAACUAAAAGAGAGAAGAGCGAGGGGGGGACACACUUUGAUUUGCUUGCAGCGCGGACUUGGAGAAGCUGUUCGGCGGACAUGAUGUGCAGAGUGGCGGAUUUUACGCGCAGAAAGCCGCUGGGUGCGUUUGAUUUCGGAUUACUGUGACACACUGGCUGUGUAGUUUUCAGGGGGAGAUUUUUUUAAGGAGUCUGCUUCCCUCUCGCUCCUGUUCGCUGCUGUCCUCCAGGACUCCAGAGUCGCGGAGAGCCCAUGCAGUCGCCAAGGGAGAGGAGUACAGUGCGAGCCCGAGCUGGAUGGAUGGUUAUGGGGGAAAGAGGGAGACCCUCGGCGCUUGAAGUGUGCAGAGUCCUCGCCGUGCUUUUCUCACUCUUCCCCUCUGUGAGCCUGCAGUGCAAGAUCCUCAAGUGCAACUCUGAAUUUUGGGCCUCCACCUCAAACGCUGGACCGGAGGAGGAGUUUUGCACGGCUCUGCGGGCGUACAACAGCUGUGUACGUCGGACCGCACGUACCUGCAGGGGUGACUUGACAUAUCACUCUGCACAGCAUGGCAUAGAGGACCUAAUGAGCCAGCACAACUGCUCCAAGGAAGGACCGACUUCCCAUCCACGUACCCGGACCCCGCUUCCUCCAGCACCCCCGCCGGUUAUGACCGACAGCCAAGAACGCUCCGAUGGCCCGGAAGUGUGCCACUAUGAGCGCAGUCUUCCACGCAACACGGCCCCACCUAACUAUACCCACUGUGGCUUUUUUGGAGACCCACACCUCCGAACCUUUGGCGACGACUUCCAGACAUGUAAGGUGGAAGGAGCCUGGCCGCUCAUCCAUAACAAAUACUUGUCCGUCCAGGUGACCAACACUCCUGUAGUACCAGGCUCUUUCGCCACCGCCACAAGCAAGCUGACAAUCAUCUUUAAGAACUUCCAGGAAUGUGUGGACCAGAAGAUGUACCACGCGGAGACAGACGAGCUGCCGGCUGCGUUUGCAGACGGCUCGAAGAACGGAGGCGACCGCUACGGAGCGAACACCCUGCGUGUGGUGGAGAAGGUUCCCGGGCAGCAUGUGGAGAUUCAGGCGAGAUACAUCGGAACAACCAUCGUGGUCCGGCAGGUAGGCCGCUACCUAACCUUUGCCGUGCGGAUGCCGGAAGAAGUUGUGAACUCUGUGGAGGAAGGUGACAACCAGGACUUGUACCUGUGUCUUCACGGUUGUCCCGCCAACCAGCGCAUCGACUUUAGGAACUUCAGAGCUCGAGCGGCGGAGGCCCACAGCGUCAGCAGGACCAGGAGCAGCACCGGUGCCCACGGCUUUACCUACCAGUCUGCAAAGACCAAGUGCAAAGAGCGGCUUCCAGUGGAGGAUCUCUAUUUCCAUUCCUGCGUGUUCGACCUCCUCUCGUCUGGAGACAUAAACUUCACCAUGGCAGCCUACUACGCUUUUGAGGAUGUUAAAAUGCUCCAUUCAAAUAGCAAAAGAUACCACAUCUUUGAAAAGGAUGCCGAAAUGAAUAGUGCAGAACAGAAGGGCAGAAAUUUACUUUCAGUCUUCCUCGUCAACCUCCUCGCUGUGUUAUUGUGGACAGUCUGUCUAUAGUCUCUUUACAACAGUGUCCUCAUGGUGUGUCUGUCAAGGAGCAUUAGAGUACCAUCGCUGUGUCCUACAUCGGCUCCUCUCUGCUUUGGUUCUGUGACUUGACCGGUAGCUUGCAAGUAGGUCAUCCCCGACCCAAGUCUCAUUUUAGUGCUAUUGUCGUGUCUUGACGUCAGCUUAAUGACAGGACGAGCUCAGCGUUCUCCCACCUAUCAUCACACGUAUUUAGCUGCUUCAUUGGAUUGGUCUUUGAAGAGGGCAGCAGUGAGAGAGCCCAGCUACCCCGGAGCUCAGGAUAUCCACCUGGGAUUAAAUCCCACAUUCUCAAUGGGGCCUGCAUACCUAUGGGAAGCUGGACAAGAUGAUCUUUUGCAGAAAGAGGAGUUUGCUGAUCCUCCCUCCUCUGACCCCCCCCAUCCCUUCAUUGGUGCCAAGCCAGUGAAGCUCUAUGGCUCAUGUGGCAAAACGAGAGGACCUGACAGGGGCUUUUGUUAACCUUAGGCCAGAAGCAGCUCUAUGUUUGAUUAGUUUCCAGCUUUGGAAAAGCCGGAGCCUUUUGGAAGAAACACUCAGCCAGAAGGAUGUCAGAGCAGCGUCUCCAGUUGUCUGCUGUGGAGAUUAAUGGGUCAUAUUGUUAGGUUGUGUGUGUGUGUGUGUGUGUGUGUGUGUGUGUGUGUGUGUGUGUGCGUUAGUACAAUAUGUGUGCCGAAUUCAGCAUCUGUGGUUAAUUUUGUGUUUGUGCGUGCAGCAGUUUCCAGACAACAAACCUCCAGCGGGAGAACUCCGUUCCCAUGUCUUUGUGUUGCACCUAAAAUUUCAGAAAUAGAAAAAGAUGAAGCACUCGAGUUCAUCCAGUGGACUCUUUAUCAGCCAAGUAGCAAAUUCCAAAAAGGGAACUCAAAAAUAGUCAUCUGCACAUCAUUUUUCACUGUCAUGCAACCUUUUCCCCUCCUUUUGAGCCGUCACACGACAUGCGUCAGCAUGUGGAUCAGACAGCGUUUGUACUUUUAAGUCGGUUAUGUGAAUGUAGCGAAGAAGAAGGUUAGAAGUGCAAACUUGUUUAAGGGCACUUAAAGCGUUUACAGAAGGUCGAGCAGCCAAUCAAAGCCCGACACCUCCUUGAGAGUAUUUUGUGAAUUUAAAUCUCCGUUUCAAGCGUCAGUGGUGUAGAUGCCGUUAGUACUCGCUGUAAAGACAUCACCUCUAGUCAGUUGAGCAUUUUUAUAGACUACCAGCGUGCUGAGCUGACUGUGGCUUAGUGAGUAAACGAUAAGCAUAUGUCUGUAGACGUGAUUUCAUGGCUUAAGUCAUUGCCAAAGAACAAGCCCUUGUGCCAACAUUUUUCCAAACAGCUGAAUUUUCAUCUUUCAGUCCUUUAAAAACAGUUUGCGACUCCUAACUGUGUAUAUAACUCGUGUUUGUGGGCGAAUUACAGUAACGCGUACUGUAAAGGCAGCAUUGGUUUCUGUUACUGCAGUCUCACUUUUUGCUUUUUCUUGUGUUUCACAAUAAAGCUUCGAGGUUUCCAGCUGAACUUUGGCUCUCAGCUGCAGUAUCUUAGUGUGCAAGUCCUCCCCCGUAGGUCCCGUUACCGCUGGGGCAGUUUAAUGGUCAUUUAUCCUUUUUUACACUGAAGUAUUUGGCAGGCCUUACUACUGCUAUUUGGAAUAUGUAUCAGUGCAGUUUGACGGCAACAAAAAGGGAAAAAGGAAAAAAAAAAAAACACAUACAACAAACUGAUGAUUGUAAUGUUGAAUCUUGUGUUGAUAGACGUAAUUUGUGUUUGUGUGUUUCAUAGUAAAUGGUUCUACAUGUGUAAUGUGAGACUGUACAUGGUUUUUGUGUAUUGUUGAGUUUAAAUUUGUAUAUUACCUGUUGUGUUUUGAAUUUAUCACUCCAGUUUUUUGUACACAAGAUGUUUCAGUGAAUGUGAACUUUUUUUUUUUCUUUAAUUUGAAAAGGGAUUUUUCUUUCAUGUCUUUCUGCAAAAACAUGAACGCCACAGAACAGAUUAGUCUUUACUAAGUACAGUGUACACAUUGGUCUGUGUAGCAGUGAUAAACGUUAGUUGUUUAGUAUCAAACAAGACUGCCCACCUUACCCACAGAAGAGAUUGUUGCAAAGUGUUUUUUUGGGGCGUUCAUGUUUUUGAGUUUAAAGCACUUUAUGUUUUCUUUGACAUUUAGCUCUUUUGUUUGACUUGUAAGGGUUUAAAAAAAAUACAAAAAAAUAGCUGAAUGGGGGGAAAUGCCAGAAAGAUCAAACUGUGUUGUAAAUGUGAUCCCACAUGCCAGCUGUUUAUAAUGUAAAUUAUUUAUUAAAUAAAAGGAAGAUGUCUCGUUUA